AUGGUGCACUUCAAUCUGGAACUCGUCUGGAUCUCUCAGGCAAGCCCGCAAGUUGACCUCGUUUUCGUCCAUGGAUACGGUGGCAACCCAGAAACAACAUGGCAUGACGAAUCUACGGGUAAAAUCUGGAUCAAGGACGAAGAGUUCAUUACCCGAAUAAAGAGGCCGAUCCGCAUCUUUUCCUUCAGCUACAACGGCGAAGUAGAAUCAAAUCUAUCAUCCUCCAGCCUGGCUUUCCAUGCAAGCGACCUGCUCUGCUGCUUGGAGCAAGCUCUCGAGAGAUCCACCGGACGGCCACUGAUAUUCGUUGCCCACGGCUUUGGAGGCAGCAUUGUUAAAAAGGCAAUUCAGCUAUGUUUCGUGACACCAGGAUAUCCGCAGACAAAGAAUGCGCUGGCUGGCGUGGUCUUCUUCGGCACUCCUCAUACGGACACGGAUUCCGAAGCACUCGUUCAGGCCGUCAAGGGCACCGUCGACGCUUUUGGCUCUGAAGAUGGCGCUAGAAGCGAAGAUAUCAGGGAAUACGUUUCCACAGCGAGCCGCAUCAACGCUGCUUUCAUCUCUUGCAAACCAAGCUACCUGAGGACGCUCUCUUUCUGGGAGAAAAUGCCAUCAAAAUCCAUUGGACCAAGUUCAAACAUGCAUGACCGUCCUAUCGUCUCCUUACAAUGUCAGAAAGAGGACUUGCAAGGCAAUAUCGAUCACAUAAUGGAAUGCAGCCACGAGGAGUUGCCUCGGUUCUCAAGCGUAUUCAGCGACAGAUUCAUACAGUUUAUGGAGAUAUUUUCUCAAUUUUUGGUGGAUACCCUCUCCGAACGCACCGUGACAACAGUUCCGAGGCCUUUCCCGCGUCCGCCAUCAGACAUUCGUGAAAGCCGAUUCCCAAUUGAAGAAAUACCCAUUAUAAGGAGGCCUGGCCCUAUUGUUAAGAGCCGUCGAAGAAUCUGGAAGACGAGCGACGAUGACCAUCAAAGCCCAGAGCGUCGGAAAAAGGACAAAGAAGACAAAGCUUCCAGAGAGCAGUUUCUCCAAUCACUACGCGGCUGGUCCGAAAGUAAUUAUGGAAACGAGAUUUUCGUCGCAGCUGGCACCUGUGAAUGGUUCAAAGACGGGUCCAUCUACAAGAAUUGGCUAACUGACCCAAAAUGCGGCACGCUCUUCUACAUCGGAGCCCCUGGACAUGGCAAAUCGCACCUGGCACGUGCUAUUUUCACCCAUCUCAAGUCCUCGAAGCCAGACGAUAUUGUGUUGGGAUAUUUCUGCCAAAAGGGCGAAGAAAAGCCUGCCAUUUGGGAGUAUUUCACUUGGAAGCUGAUAAAGGAGUGGCCGUACUCAUUCACUCACGUACCGGCUCAAUUCCGACGCACAACUGAUGAUGCCAACCCUCGCCUUGAUUCAUCUGCGUACACUGAGAUAUGGACUUCGUUUCGGAAAGCCUGCUCCCCUCGUACCAUAUACUUGAUCGUGGAUGGAUUAGAGCAGACACCUCCCGCAAAUUUCGCCGAAUUCUUCGCUUUGAUAGAGCAACUAAGAAAGCCGGUGGUGUUAGGGCCCGAGAAUCGAAUAAACAGCGUACAGGAAAUGCCGACAAAGAUUAAGCUUGUCAUAACGAGCCGGUGGACAGACGCUACUUUUACAGCUUCAAGCACGACCUCUUGUUGUUCUUUGCCCAAUGACGACUUAAAAAGGGACGUCUCGCUUUAUCUCGACAAAAGAUUCCUCACUAUUUCUAAAUCUAGACCGAAAACCGUGGACGAACACCUGAUACGCAGGGUUCAGGAGCGUGUUACUCAGAAAUCAGGGACCUACUGGCUCUUUGCCAAGCUUGCAGCAGAUGAGAUUGAGAGUUCGAGUGCAUUGAACUCUAUCCAAGAACUCCGCGAGGAUUAUAUCCCAGUGGAGCUGGCACGGCUGUACGAACAGAAGAUGCUGCCUUUACUGCAAUCUGCCAACAACAGCGAAAGACACCUGCGCACAGUCCUAACCUUGAUUGCUUCAGAAGAUAAUAGCAUCGCAUUUUCCCUCAAACAGCUCGAGAGCUUUAUACAGUGCAUCUAUGGUCAAGACGAUAUGCCUGUGGAAAGCCUUGCAAAAUCCAUACAGACUUUCUGUGGAGACCUGUUCUGGGUCAGCCCAAUUGAUUCUCUUGUGUAUUCUGUACAUGCCUCUGUUAGGGGCCAUCUUGGCAAAUAUCUCACGGUGGAACACAGACAAACGAACAUUGUUUUCAUUUGUCUCAAAUAUCUGCUUCAAGACUCCUUUCGCACCACCCUGCCUCUAUCUUUCAGCGAUAGAGAUGGAACGGUGGAAAGAAUGAGCAAGAGAGCGGCCUUUUAUGGAUUUGCGGCCCAAGGCUGGAUAAUCUAUCUUGCUAGGCUGGAUACACUCAGCCCCCAAUUAGUACCGCUGCUACAAACAUUUCUAUCAAUGGACUGCCGCCAAUAUCGGACGUGGCUCCAUUGGAAGUCAUGGAUUUUCAAGGAAGAAUUGGGAAUGAUCGAGGAGAUUACCGAGGAUCCAAUCAUGGUCAUGGUCCGAGAGGGAUGUCUCGCUGUAAUCCAGCAUUUCUUUCCGUCUUCAACAGCUCCUCGUGCUACUUUAAAGAGCAAAUUCGAACUCUUGGCGAAGCACAUGCCGUUUUCAAGCACACAGCCUCCCCAUCCACUUGGUGUGCAAUGGCCUGAUAUCAAAGGGGUACAUGAACAGACUAUUUUGAUGGCAGCGGCACUAAGUGGAAAUCCUGCUCUAGUGGAACAUGUUCUACAAUGGGAUGUCGAUAUAAAUGCUCAAGAUGACGGUGGAAGAACUGCCCUCAUGCUAUGCCUUACCUCAGAUCAGUUAAUGGGAACAAAAGCGGUGGGCAAGAAAACCGAUGUUUAUGCCGUCGUUGAACUGCUGCUACUACAUGGAAUUGAUCCAAGAAUGAGCGAACAUCACGGCAUUACUCCCUUGCACGUUGCUUGUGUGCGUGGAAGAUUCGAUCUAGCUGAGCUUCUUCUAAGGUUCAAUGCUCCGAUCAACGUUACAGACGAAUGGGGAUUUACACCACUCGAAAGGGCAUAUGGUGCCGGGAAUAUUCGAAUUAUUGAGAUGCUCAUCGGUCACGGUGCGGACGUAGAGGCAUGGAUGCUAGGCGGAGAACCACCGCUAGCAAAAUGCAUAUAUGACGGAAAGCUUGAAAUGUUUGAGGCCUUUCUUCCGUUUGCAGAUAUCGACCAGGCGACUAUACUCGGGUUUGCACCAAUCCAUCUUGCCAGCGAUGGUGCUGACAGGAUAGAGUUUCUUCGCCUUCUACUUGCUAGGCCUGGGCUACACAUAGAUGCAGUGAGCUCGGCAACCGAUCGAUUCCAUAUCAAACGUGCGACGGCCAUUGGCUUUGCCAUCAACAGUCGCAACUACACUGCGCUAGAGUGGCUACUUGAGGCCGGGGCACAUCCAGGACUGUUGCCAAUGGUCACUGUGCCGCCACUUCACGAAGCCAUCAUGGUUAAAGAUAGGGCCAUGAUAGAGCUGCUGUUAUUCUAUGGCGCUCCAGUGAAUGAAUCCAGACGCAGCUGGUUUCCGUUUACUGCGCUGGGACAUGCAGUGGAUCUUGGUCUUGAGGAUAUUGUCGAGCUACUCCUAAAGAACGGUGCAGAUGCCUCUGUGGAAGAAGGAUAUGGGGUUACCGCCUUGAUUGAGACGGCUGUGUCGAGGAAGCGUCCUAUUCCUAAGAUAAUAAGACAGCUGAUGGAAUCGCGGAAUCCUCCCGAUGUCAACUACAUCCGAGAGAACGAGCAACAUUGUGUGAUGAGCGCCGUUGGUCAAGGUGAUGCUGAGACUGUUUCUAUCAUACUAGAGUAUGGGGCAGACUUGAGCAAAUAUCUCCAGUCAGGCAAAACAGUAUCACCCCUUCACAAUGCUGCUAGGUACGGCCAUGUCAAAAUUUGUGAGAUUCUGUUGCAGCACGAACCUGCGUUUCUUAACCUUCAGAUAGAGAAGGGAUUCAUGAUUGAACCUCCCUUGUUUAUGGCAUGCCAUCGAAAACGGAAAGAAGUUGUUCGCUUCCUGUUAGACAAAGGAGCCAAAGCAGAUCAGCUCAGCUAUUACUAUAAGGAGUCUCCCCUAUUCACCGCUUGUGAUGUAGGAGACUUGGAAAUCGCCAAAAUGGUCCUGGAAGCCGCGCCGCAGAUGAUCAAUGUCCCCACUGCCUUCAACUGCACCCCUCUAGUAUAUGCCUGCGAGCAUGGGAAUGUUGAGAUGAUUAAGAUGCUUCUCGAAGCAGGAGCAGAUAUUUACCUCCCACAUGGCAGUACAACGAACGCUUUUAGCCGACUGUUUGAAGCUAAAGGCGACAAGGCUUUCAAAAUACUGGAUCUACUACUCAGCAGUGGUUUGGAUAUCAAUGCCGUCGAUAAUGAAACUGGGCUUACUAUCCUUGGAAUGGCUAUUGUAGACGCCGAAGCAAGGCAUGUCAAAUGGCUUCUUGAGCGUGGAGCCGAUCCAGUACGUGCGCAAAGGAGUGCCGGCCGAGAAGAGACAUGGCGUACAGCCCUUCAACUUGUUUCUCAUACGAGCAAUAAGAAGGCCCCAGGUAUCAUAGACUUGCUUUUUGAGCCACGAUGGGGGCUGUUGGACCAUCUAACUCACAAGGACUACCAUGGCGGUACUCUUUUCCCCAUACUUGGUCAGUCUCGAAAAGCACUGCCAAUCACUCCCCGUCUGGUCUCAGUAUGUGAUACCAUCUUCAAAGAAACGGGGAAAGACAUUUUCUCCGACCUCAUAAAUGAACCCAGUAUCGCUGGACUCACUCCGAUCGAUUGCGCCAUGAAUGAUUUCGCCGCCAAGUCAUCUGCAUUGCCCGAGCUGGACAAAAAGCUUCUCUCUAGUAUCAAUGAGCUUCUGGAAGGUCCUCGCACGACAGAAGACCAUUUUCUCAUACUGGACUACGUUCUUAGUCUUCUAUUCGCACGCGAAGAUGAUGUCGACGCAGAUACAAAGGUAUUGGCCAAAUUUGUCCUUGCAAGGCCGCAAGUUGGCUGGGAUGACGAUGGAUGUUACAUGGGUUCGGUGGCUCUGCAGGUGUGCGCUAUCUGCGAUGAGUCGAUUUACGAUCCUUAUGUCUAUUGCCCCCUUUGUGAAUCUUCAUGGUGUUCGGGAUGCAAAGAUAGGUGCGAAGUGAAUAGCUUACACAGGCAUAAAUUGCUUGAUAUUGAGCUUCGGAAAGACUUGGAUAUCAACGCACCUGACAUUCAGGAAGUUUUGGAAAGAUUACAGAAGAAGAUAUCAAGCGGCACAUCAAGCGAGCCGACAUCUCAACGGGUACAGAACAGCGAAGAGCUCAGCGAGGGCCCCAUCAUCAAUAAUCUCGCUUCUUCUGAAGAAAGCCUGCCUCCUACGCGUGCCCAAAUUUCUCUACAGCUCGCCACCUUGCAUGCGUUCAAUUUCUUGGCCAUCAGUCGACCUAUCUGGACGCCGUUCCUUCCGCUGUCUCCCGCCGCCCAAGCGCUUGUCGAUCCCUGGCAGAAAUUGUGGUCACAAGAGGACGGGUACUGCCAGAUGCAGAGCUUCAUGCAGAGGAGAACCAUGAAUUAUGAAAACUCUGCAUGGAGGCGCUUCCAAGAACUACAGUACUUGAGACGAGGAUUCACAAGAGCUUAUGCGGAUGAGGAGGGUGUGAAGAGGGAUUUUGUGUUGCGAGAUGUGUGGAGAUUAUUUGCCAAUGAAAAACGAAUCAAGGAGAGAGUAAUGGUGGUAGAGGAUUGUUGA